CGGCGCACCUGCAGCGCGGACAUUGCGUCUUUCUCAGACCACCUUCCACGCUGCUUUCCACGCAGUAGCCUGCUCCAGCACAGCCAUGAGCUCUAUCUCCACAAUCCUCCACCUUCUCUUUAUAUACGUGGGAUUUAUUGGAUGUAAACCUUCGUCGUCUUGUCCGAGCGGACAGUUUCUGCUGAAAAACCAGUGCGUCUUGUGUCAUCCCACCUGCUCCGAGUGCGACGGACACGAGCUGUUUGACUGCACUACCUGUGGAGUUUAUGAAGACGGACAGGAGCGUUUCCUGCACCAAGGUCGCUGUCGGACGCACUGCCCCAGGGGAUUCUACCCUGACAGGGGUCACUAUGCCUGCCUGCCCUGCAUAGCCAAUUGUGAACUCUGCACAGAUGGCAAUUUGUGUGCCAAAUGCCGGGAACGCUACAAACUUCAGAACGGGGUCUGUCAACCAGCGCUUUGUGACAUAGGGCAGAUGCUGGACCCCGAUACAGAAGAGUGUAUUGACUGUGAAAUGGGCUGCAAAACAUGUUCUACAGACCCUGAGAUGUGCAGCAGCUGCACUCAAGGUUACUUUCUUUUCAGACAGAAGUGCCGCAGACACUGCCCUCAGGGCACCUUUGAGGACCAUGUUGGUGGAGUCUGUCUGCCAUGUCCAGCACCAUGUGAGGACUGCAGCACCAACACCCGCUGCCUCGCCUGCCAGCCGGGUUACUUCCUUAACGGAUGGGAGUGUAUAAAGCAGUGUCCACCGCAGACCUUCAGUGAUUCCAGUGGGCGGCGCUGUCAGCCUUGCCACAGCGUGUGCCAGAAGUGUCAUGGGCCUCAUUCCACAGAAUGUGACCUCUGUCUGAGCGGUAAUCUUCCUCUGCAUGGACAGUGCCCCCAGGUUAACUGCCCGCUUGGCCAGUAUUUUGAUGGGACAUUUGGUGGAUGCCACUCAUGUGAUGCAUCCUGUAAGACCUGCUUUGGCCCACAGGCACUGGAUUGUUCCUCCUGUUUCCAAGGAUAUUUCUUAGAUCUGGAGGGUUCUUGUGUAGUGCAGUGUCCAUCAGGCUCUUACGCAAACCCUGCAACCCGGCUAUGUGAAGAGUGCUCACCAAACUGUGAGGAUUGUGUGGACAGCAGUGAUAAUUGCAUCAGCUGCCCCAAAGGCAAUAACAAACUUUUUCUGCACCAAGGCCGAUGCUGGUCAAAUUGCCCAGAGGGCUCCUUUGAGACUCCAGACGGAUUAUGUGAGGCCUGUGAUAGCUCCUGUUUGACCUGUGAUGAAAACAAAUUUCAGUGUCUGUCCUGUCCUGAUGGCCAUUACCUGGAGAGUGGAACAUGCAGACUAAACUGUUCACUGCGGACAUACCCAGCAGACGAUGGGACCUGCAGACGUUGCCCCCCUCACUGUGACGUUUGCUCUGAUGACAGAACCUGUUUCAAAUGUACGUUCCUCUACUUGAUGCUGAACGGUGUGUGCAAGGCCAGCUGUCCUGUGGGUUAUUAUGAGGACAUGGAAGAGGGCCUCUGUGCUCAGUGCCACCCUACUUGUGGCAGCUGCUCUGGGCCGCUGGCAGAUGACUGUGAGACCUGCUCGACCUUCAGUCCCAGACUCUAUAAAGGUUCAUGUCUCAAAGAAUGUCCCAUGGGUACAUACUAUGAGGUGGCAGCUAUGGAGUGUCAAGAAUGCCACCAGACGUGCAUGAGCUGCAGUGGCCCAGACCCAAACCAGUGCACCCAGUGCGAGAGGGGACUAGUACUGGAUCCCAACACUUUACUGUGUGGCGUCACAGGCGACGGGACCUGCCCAACGAGAACUUACCUGCACGAUGAUCAGUUCACCUGCAUAGGUUGCCACCAGCACUGUUAUUCCUGUCAGGGCCCUGGCAACGAUGAGUGUCUGACCUGUGCCGCCCCCAGAUACCUUCACAACAGUAGCUGUGUGGAUGAAUGUCCUGCUGGUACAUACUCCACAAGGCAGGAAGCUGAUGGACAGGAGCUGGGACUCUGUUUGCCCUGUGACCAUGUCUGCUCCACUUGCACUGGGGCUUCACCUCGAGACUGCCUGACAUGCUCUGUUGGAUACCUGAGGCUCUUACAGCUCUGCGUCCUCCACUGUCCCCCGGGGUAUUACAAACAGGGCUCUCACUGCCAAAAAUGUGACCCGUCCUGCGAGCUGUGUUCAGGACCAGGCCCUGAAUCCUGCAGGGCUUGUCUCCCUCCUCUGUUGGAGCUACAAGGCACCAAGCUGUGUGUCGAACGCUGCCCCCACCGCUUCUAUCAGGUUGAUGACAUCUGCAAACAGUGCCAUACCAGUUGUCAGACUUGCACAGAUGCUUCGCCUCAAGGCUGCCUGACAUGCGACUCGGGGAGCACUCUGAGGGACAAAGUCUGCUACCCACGCUGUGAGGAGGGCCGAUACUUCUCAGAAAUGGUAAAAUAUAAUUUAUCUGUAGUGGUUCAAA